AUGUCACAUCAAUCUCAGCUCGAGAUAAUUAACCAGGAAAUAGACUCGAUAGAUUCCGCCAUUGAGCUGUUAGAACAAGACAAGUAUGUGCUUAUUCAAAAGCGAAAUGCCCUUCUAGAUGCUAUGCAGAAGAACUUUAUUCGAGAAGGACAGGCACAAGAAACAUACAACUACAACGAGGAAAACUUUCCAUGGUCUUCCGAUCUGCGGGAGAAGGCGAAAUCUCACUUUCAAAUCGAGACAUUUCGUCAUUUGCAACUACCCAUUCUCAAUGCAGCGAUGGACAAACAGCGAGAUCUGUUUGUUGUAUUACCUACGGGCGCAGGCAAAUCUCUCUGCUAUCAAUUACCCGCUUUAUUAGAUGAUGGGUUUACACUCGUUGUGUCACCUCUCGUCUCAUUGAUUAAAGAUCAAGUAUAUCAGUUACAUGAACAGGGCGUGCCAGCUGUAUAUAUAACUGCCUCGACAACAAAAGAAGAGGUAAAGUCUGUGUAUCAAGGCAUGUUGUCCAACCAAAAUUCCUUUAAAUUACUUUAUGUCACUCCAGAAAAAGUCUCGAAAAGUAAAAUGUUUAUGGCCAAAUUAAACCAAUCCUAUGAUGCUGGUUUUCUCUCAAGAAUUGUGACUUUGUUCCCAAAUACAAAAAUUAUGGCACUGACAGCCACAUGUCCCUGGUCAGUCAUGAAGGAUGUCAUGCGAAUCCUGAAUAUGAAGCAACCGCAAGUUAAUAAUGGUACACUGGUCUAUAGCGCACCACUUCACCGACCCAACUUGGUAUAUAAAGUAGUACAGAGACCGGAUAGUGCGGAAGAAACCAUCCGACACAUCACAAACUGGAUCAAUGACAAUUAUCCUAAAGAAUCAGGCAUCAUUUACUGUCUUUCCAAAAAAGAUGCCGAGGUGGUUGCGCAAAGUAUCAUCAAGGAGAGCAGAGGAAAAAUCAUGUGCGGAACAUAUCAUGCGUAUAUGGACGACGAAGAUAAAGAAUUGAUCCAUCAGAAAUGGAGAAAAAAUCAGUUACAUGUAAUUGUAGCCACCAUUGCUUUCGGUAUGGGUAUCAAUCAUUUAAAAACAAGAUUCAUCAUCCAUCAUUGCAUGUCCAAGUCUAUGGAGGGCUAUUAUCAAGAAAGUGGAAGAGCCGGACGCGAUGGCAAUAAGGCUGAAUGUAUUAUAUAUUAUCGUGGUACAGAUGUGUAUGAAAUGAUCAAAUAUGCAGAAGAUUAUAAAACUUGUCGAAAGAUCUUGUUUGAGAAUUAUUUUGCUUUAGACUCAAACCAGAAUGAAGGUCUCGUCAAUGAAAUUACACCUGACGAGGUAUGCGGUAAUUGUGAUAACUGUAAUCGAGUACCAGAGGAUGUUUGUACAGAGGAUAUCGCUGAUGUUGCCGAGACGAUCAUUAGGUUAUGUCUCUUGCUAAAAAAAGUCAAUGAACGGGUCACCAUGACCAAACUUGUUCAAAUGCUUCAAAAUCGGGGCUUGGGUCCGUUGAAAUCUGUAGUAGAACGAAACGAUGAAAUUAUGAUCCCUAUUGAUAAAAAAUAUAAUGAACACAAUAUUGAACGUAUGCUUAAUCAACUCAUGAUAAGAGGAUAUUUAACUGAGGAAUACCAUGCAACGCCCUACAGCACAAUCACGUAA